AGACAAAAGAGAUCAACUGCUCUCUCUAGGAAAUACUUAAUUGGGGUGGUGCCUAGGAAAUGCCCAGGGGUCCUGUGACGGAUCGGUUUUUCCCAGAGGGUUUCUGCGGCAUGGGUCCUGGUUGGACGGCAGGCAUUCUGCUCUGAUUUUUCCUGUUGCCUGGCUAGUGACCCCCUACAGGAAGAUAACGGAUAAGCCAGGAGGGCGGAGCAGCCCACUACACAUGUCUGGCUGCUCUUAUCAACUUAUCAUAUAAGGAAAGGAAAGUGAUUGAUUCGGAUACUGACACUGUAGGAUCUGGGGAGAGAGGAACAAAGGACCGUGAAAGCUGCUCUGUAAAAGCUGACACAGCCCUCCCAAGUGAGCAGGACUGUUCUUCCCACUGCAAUCUGACAGUUUACUGCAUGCCUGGAGAGAACACAGCACUAAAAACCAAGUUUGCUACUGGAAAAAGAGGAAAGAGAAGACUUUCAUUGACGGACCCAGCCAUGGCAGCGUAGGAGCCCUGCGUUUUAGACGGCAGCAGCUCGGGACUCUGGACCUGUGUGUGCCUUCAAGUUUGCUAAGCUGCUGGCUUAUUACUGAAGAAAGAAUGUGGCAGAUUGUUUUCUUUACUCUGAGCUGUGAUCUUGUCUUGGCCGCAGCCUAUAACAACUUUCGGAAGAGCAUGGACAGCAUAGGAAAGAAGCAAUAUCAGGUCCAGCAUGGGUCCUGCAGCUACACUUUCCUCCUGCCAGAGAUGGACAACUGCCGCUCUUCCUCCAGCCCCUACGUGUCCAAUGCUGUGCAGAGGGACGCGCCGCUAGAAUACGACGACUCGGUGCAGAGGCUGCAAGUGCUGGAGAACAUCAUGGAAAACAACACUCAGUGGCUAAUGAAGCUUGAGAAUUAUAUCCAGGACAACAUGAAAAAAGAAAUGGUAGAGAUACAGCAGAACGCAGUACAGAACCAGACGGCUGUGAUGAUAGAAAUAGGGACGAACCUGUUGAACCAAACGGCGGAGCAAACGCGGAAGUUAACUGAUGUGGAAGCCCAAGUAUUAAAUCAGACCACAAGACUUGAACUUCAGCUCUUGGAACACUCCCUCUCGACAAACAAAUUGGAAAAACAGAUUUUGGACCAGACCAGUGAAAUAAACAAAUUGCAAGAUAAGAACAGUUUCCUAGAAAAGAAGGUGCUAGCUAUGGAAGACAAGCACAUCAUCCAACUACAGUCAAUCAAAGAACAGAAAGAUCAGCUGCAGGUGUUAGUAUCCAAGCAAAAUUCCAUCAUUGAAGAACUAGAAAAAAAAAUAGUGACUGCCACGGUGAAUAAUUCAGUUCUUCAAAAGCAGCAACAUGAUCUCAUGGAGACAGUUAAUAACUUACUGACUAUGAUGUCCACAUCAAACUCAGCUAAGGACCCCACUGUUGCUAAAGAAGAACAAAUCAGCUUCAGAGACUGCGCUGAAGUGUUCAAAUCAGGACACACCACGAAUGGCAUCUACACGUUAACAUUCCCCAACUCUACAGAAGAGAUCAAGGCCUACUGUGACAUGGAAGCUGGCGGAGGCGGGUGGACAAUUAUUCAGCGACGUGAGGAUGGCAGCAUUGACUUUCAGAGGACUUGGAAAGAAUAUAAAGUGGGAUUUGGUAACCCUUCAGGAGAAUAUUGGCUGGGAAAUGAGUUUGUUUCACAACUGACUAAUCAGCAACGCUAUGUGCUUAAAAUACACCUUAAAGACUGGGAAGGGAACGAGGCUUACUCAUUGUAUGAACAUUUCUAUCUCUCAAGUGAAGAACUCAAUUAUAGGAUUCACCUUAAAGGACUUACAGGGACAGCCGGCAAAAUAAGCAGCAUCAGUCAACCAGGAAAUGAUUUUAGCACAAAGGAUGCAGACAACGACAAAUGUAUUUGCAAAUGCUCACAAAUGCUAACAGGAGGCUGGUGGUUUGAUGCAUGUGGUCCUUCCAACUUGAACGGAAUGUACUAUCCACAAAGGCAGAACACAAAUAAGUUCAACGGCAUUAAGUGGUACUACUGGAAAGGCUCAGGCUACUCGCUCAAGGCCACAACCAUGAUGAUCCGACCGGCAGAUUUCUAAACACCCGAGUCCACCUGAGGAAGACUGUCUCGAACUAUUUUCAAAGACUUAAACCCAAUGCACUGAAAGUCACGGCUGCGCACUGUGUCCUCUUCCACCACAGAGGGCGUGUGCUCAGUGCUGACGGGACCCGUGUGCUCCAGAUUACAGCCUGUAAACUUUGUCACUUAAACUUGCAUCACUUAACAGACCAAAGCAAGACCCUAAACAUCUGUAAUUGUGAUUAGACAGAACACCUAUGGAAAGAUGAACCCGAGGCUGAGCAUCAGAUUGACAAUUUACAGACUCUGCUGUCACAACGAAGAAUGUUAUGUGCAAGUUUAUCAGUAAAUAACUGGAAAACAGAACACUUAUGUUAUACAAUACAGAUCAUCUUGGAACUGCAUUCUUCUGAGCACUGUUUACACACUGUGUAAAUACCCAUAUGUCCUGAAUUCACCAUCACUAUCACAAUUAAAAGGAAGAAAAAAAUCUCUAAGCCAUAAAAAGACAUAUUCAGGGAUAUUCUGAGAAGGGGUUACUAGAAGUUUAAUAUUUGGAAAAACAGUUAGUGCAUUUUUACUCCAUCUCUUAGGUGCUUUAAAUUUUUAUUUCAAAAACAGCGUAUUUACAUUUAUGUUGACAGCUUAGUUUUAAGUUAAUGCUCAAAUACGUAUUUCAAGUUUAUAUGGUGGAAACUUCUAGGAUCUCUGAAAUUAUCAACAGAAACAUGUGCCAUUUUAGUUUAUAUGCAGAUUGUACUAUUUUUUUCUGCCUGAUUGUUAAAUAUGAAGGUAUUUUUAGUAAUUAAAUAUAACUUAUUAGGGGA